UCCUAAGCGAUCACAACGGACCGUUCGAUGCCUUCAACGUGUCGUACACGUGGCCUAAAAAGCCAUCUCCGUGCGCCAGAAGUCGAGCCGGUGAAGACAGGGCACACCGAUAAAGGAGGAAGAGAGAGAGAAACGGUAACUCCUUAGUCCUUAGUUCUAAUAAAGAGGGAGGAGGAAGAUGGUUUCGUUUAAAGCGAGCCCCCGUUUCGUUGGUCUCCUUCUCCUCGUCCUGUACGGUUCUUCGUCCAUCUUGUCCUUUGGAUUCCAAGAAGAAGAAGGAGAGGGUUUGAUUGUGAUGGCUACCGUCGGAGACGUGCGUGACUCGCAGAUCAACGAGAACAGCGUCGAGAUCGAAGAGCUCGGUCGCUUCGCAGUCCAAGAACACAACAAGAAGGAGAAUGCGCUUCUUGAGUUUGCUCGUGUGGUGAAGGCGAAAGAGCAAGUGGUUGCGGGCACUCUGCACCAUUUGACUCUGGAGGUGAUGGAAGCAGGGAAAAAGAAAUUGUUCGAGGCGAAGGUUUGGGUCAAGCCAUGGCUCAACUUCAAGGAGCUUCAAGAGUUUACGCAUUUGGGCGAUUCCCCCUCUGUCACUGCGGCCGACCUUGGUGCGAAACACGGUGGGCAUGAACCUGGAUGGCGAACCGUGCCAGCACAUGAUCCUGUGGUCCAAGAAGCAGCAAAUCAUGCUGUGAAGACCAUCCAGCAGAGGUCCAACUCGCUGGCCCCUUAUGAGUUGCUCGAGAUCCUUCUUGCAAAGGCAGAGGUAAUUGAAGAUUCUGCGAAGUUUGACUUGCUUCUUAAACUGAAACGGGGAAGCAAAGAGGAAAAGCUCAAGGUGGAAGUGCAUAAGAACCUGGAAGGCACCUUUCAUUUGAAUAAGAUGCAGGAGCAUUCCGACUCCGGUUGUUAAUAAUUGUGUUUCCUGUUGGUCUAUCAAGUGUAAGCCCUGUACUUUAUCAAAGGGCCCUAUGGAUUAGUACCGCUACAUGUAGUAGUCACAAACUUGUGUGGUGAUGUUGCUGUAACAGAGAACUAGAUGCUUUGGUUCUGUUCCGAAUGCAUUUAUAAUGAUGUAUGCUUGCCUAAUACUUAAUAUAAUACUCCUUGAGGAAACUUGGACGGUUGUGGA